AUGAAUUUGUUCAAUUUGGAUAUCACACAAAAAUGUUUGAUCGCUGAGUGCUGGAUACCAACUGCGGACUUGUCAACUGUGCGUAAAGCGCUUGAAGUUGGAACGGAGAUGAGCGGAAUGGAUGUCCCGUGUAUUCUGAAUGAAAUGGAGACCAAAACAACGCCGCCAACCUUCCAUAAGGUCAACAAAUUUACGCGUGCAUUCCAAAAUAUUGUCGACUCAUACGGUGUUGCAACGUAUCGUGAGAUCAAUCCAGCGCCAUGGACCAUCAUAACGUUUCCGUUUAUAUUCGCGAUUAUGUUCGGUGAUGCUGGGCAUGGCAUAGUGAUGUUCUUGUGUGCGUUACUGCUGGUGCUCUUCGAGAAGAAACUGGCUGCGAUGAAGAUACGCGAUGAGAUAUUCAACACAUUCUUCGGUGGUCGUUAUGUAAUCUUGUUGAUGGGCCUGUUCUCGGUCUACACUGGCCUCAUCUACAACGACAUCUACUCCAGAUCG